ACAGCUUGGGCGGCUGGUUGGUGGGUAGGAAGAAAUCAGUGCAGUCAGUACAGUUCGUACAGUGGUGGUGUUACACCGCACAUGGUUCUAUCCUGCACGUUCGCACAGCGUUCACACAUACAUAGUACCCCCCGCUCACUCACACACAUACACGCGCACGCACACACACACGCAUACCCACGCUAGUGUACAUACAGUACAGCGAACCAACCCCGAGUUACAACCACCGUACUGUUGACUCUACAGCUUCGGUGACACUCGCGACCUCCCCCGAAGAACUCUCUACCAACCCCCGGUGGCGUGCAUCGCUGUGUUCGUACCGGCUCUCGGACUAUUGCGACCCCGUUAGGAUCUAGGAUUUCAACGGGACGACCACGUCUACUUCCUCGGCGGUACCCUCACUUCGUCCCCGAAGGAUUUUCGAGCACGGCCCGGUGAAACUGGUAUGGCGACGGAUACGGAAAGGAGAAUGAGCCUGGAGUCCAGCUCAGGCAUCAUAGAAGAAGAGGUGAGGACAUUAUUUGUGAGCGGGCUGCCUAUGGAUGCUAAGCCCAGGGAGCUGUACCUACUCUUCAGGGCAUACAAGGGCUACGAGGGGUCACUUCUCAAGGUCACCACAAAACAGGGAGGGAAAGCCACUUCACCUGUCGGAUUCGUGACGUUCGAGUCGAGGGCUGGUGCUGAGGCUGCCAAGCAGGCACUGCAGGGAGUCCGUUUUGACCCUGACAUGCCCCAGACGUUGAGGUUAGAAUUCGCCAAAGCCAACACAAAGGUUCAGAAACCCAAGCAGAACUCCACAACCCCCCAGGUCGGCAUUCCUGCCAUUGGACCUCACUUCGCCAGGGAGCCUUAUGAGCUGGGAGGAGCCUUCUUCACAGGCGUGCCCGAGGCCUGGGCCCACCACCCUCUGGCAGCGUAUGAGUUGGGACCAGUUGCCCUGGCCCACCCGUUUGCUCACCCUGCUCUGCAUACACAGGUGCCUCACCACCCUCAGCACCCCACCAUCGCACCUCCCCCCCACCCCGCGUCACUAGCACCGCCCCCCACGGCCGCGGUCCCCCCCGGGCUCACGCGGGCGCUGACGCUCAGCACAGCAGGCACCAACCCGCCGUGCACAACCCUGUUUGUGGCUAACCUGGGGCCAAACGCCACUGAGAAUGAGCUAAGGGACAUUUUCUCUAGAUUCCCUGGGUUCAGCCGCCUGCGACUCAACAACAAGGGGGGAUCCCCCGUCUGUUUUAUUGAAUUCACGGACAUUCCGUGUGCGACCCAGGCCAUGAACGCCCUUCAGGGAUAUGUGCUGCUGUCUUCAGACCGUGGGGGGUUACGUAUCGAGUACGCACGCAACAAAAUGGGGGAGACACGCAAAGACGGAGAAAGGUCCACGAGCCAUUCGCCCGUCAAUAUUCCAAUUUGAUGACAUCAUCACCCACCCGACCGCAUCAUUCGUUCUACUACACCUACUCCGAUGACAUCAUCAGCAUGUUCAUGACAUCACCACCAUUUCAAUGACAUCGUCGAACUUUGUGUUCCAGACAAUCCUACCACAAGGCAACAACGACAGUCCGUAUGCAUAUCUCAUCCGUGUUCCGACGCCCAACUUGCAAGGCUGGGCCGUUUGAACCUUGACCCUCGACCCUACAUGACCCCAUCCCAUAAUCCCACAUCCAAGAUGGGUGGUUGUGAUGUCAUCAACAGAGCAUAAGACAGAACACGGCAGCACAUUCCCUGGUCGCAGAUUCAACAACAACAUAUCCAUGGUGUGAUGGGCCUGCUUCACAACAGACAAAAGAAACUUAACAAGAGUAAAGUUAGCACGACGUUCGUGGCCGUAGAUUUAUACAUAAUGUACAGAUCACCAGGGUGCCUAUAUUUCCUACGGUGACUUAAUAUGAUACGGGGUGAAAACUGAAGAUACGGGGUGCACGUGAAGGGUGUUUGGGCGCUACGGGGUGCACUUACAUGUAAGAGUAGUAGUUGCAAUAUUGACAUGCGCCGACCAAUGGGGAACAUCCAGGGGUCAAUUUCAGGUGCAGCCUGCUUUCACGUGUGAUUCAGGCUUCUGAUUGGCUUAGGUCUGACCAAUCAGCAUGAAGUGCUUUGAAUUUGAAUCAGAAAUGGAAAGUUUUGGAUGAAAAAGUGACAUUUGAUGAUCAUGUGAUGACCAUGUGAUGGCAGGACAUGCCUGUAUUUUGCACCCCCUGGAUGGUCUCCCAUUUGGUUUGGUCUGUUUCUCAUGGAUUUAACUUCUCGUGAAAAUGGCCUUUCUAUGGCAGAACACCACAGGGCAAUGCAAUAAGCUAUAAAAAUGACCAAGACUUAAAGUUAACGUAAAAACAUAGUAAUUGUAGAUACUUUGAAAGUUUCUGUAGACUCCGUUCCACAUGGCUUCUUUGUAUAGUGUUAAACCAGUAUGGCUAUCAGCAGUGGAGCUGCUUGGGGGGUGUGGGGCCUUGUUAAUCAGGUGGCAGCAUUCAGAGGUUUGGGGCCUUGGCAAUCAUUAGUAUUAGAGUGGUGGGUGGCAUGUUAGACUGAAAAAGAACCCCCCCAUAUUGAAUGUUCAAUGACCCAUUUCUGGUCUGAUAUGCACUGGAAUUGGGAGAUUGGACUUGAAUGUGGGGGGUGGCAGGGUGUUAAGGAUAAGAAACUUGUGCUCCAAGUUAAGCAAAGAUGUGAAGUAGUGAGUACGACCUUGGAGAUGACUGAAGUUGAGGUCGGCGAACAUUUAGAGGACACUUCAAGGUCGUAGAACGUUCUUGCCCUGACCUCACCAAAGUUUUGUGACCUCGGACAGAAAAAUUCAUAUCAAAACUUCCUACAUCAAGUACAAUCAGACAUAUAAACCAACAUAUGCAAUAUAUAUAUCUAUAUACUAGUACUCUAAGUGAUUUUUUGGCGACACCUCAGGAGAGGUGCCAUUUAAGUUAAAGGAUUUCAGCAUGUGAAGAUAUAUGCAAGUAGGUUUACGAAAAUGACAUGAAUUUUUCUGUCUGAAAGGUCAAAAUGUUGAUCAUGUGACACGUUCAAAGCAUUCUGGGUAAUUUGCAUGGUGGAUUCUGGGUUAUUCUGCAUGACCAAUCAGGUAACAGCAUGACGUAAUCUGAUCUAGGGUGAAUCAACCUCAAGUGCCUGAAGUCGAAUAUUAAUCGCUGAAAAAAAAAACAUGAAAGAAAUUUUGGUUGAUUUGAAAGAGAUUAGUACCUAAUAAAUUAUGUAUGUAUAGGCAGAUGAUACUUAAGUAUAUACAUUGUAGUAAUGUAUACAAAUGUACGUAUCUCCUUUUUUUCUUUCUCUAUGUGAUUUUGUUUAGUUUUUUGCUUGUAAUUUUGCAGUGCAGGAAAGAGAUAUGUAAGGAUUGAAAAAAAAUGUGUUUUCUGCACUUUUGUUGCAAGGACAGAUCAUAAACAUGCAAAUGAGUUUGUGAAGAAGAACAAACAUGUAAAUGCUUUGUCAACAUGCAAAUGAGUUUGUGAAGUUUCACGAACAUGCAAAUGAGUUUGUCAACAUGCAAAUGAGUUUGUAAACAUGCAAUUUUCAAUAAGUACACAUUUAAGCUUGAAAAUUAUACUUAACUUUAGUUUGUUACCAGGCAAUUUCACAAUCAUGCAAUGUUGAUAUUUUGCAGAAAGUUAUUUUGUGAGAGACGAAGGAUUUGAUUUCCAUGUUUUGUUGCUGUGUAAGAGUCUGUUGGGAAAAAUUUCCAAAGCCACAUUUUUUGGCGACACCUCGCAAACGGAGCCAUUUGAGAUUGACCACAAACUAAAUGCAGUCAACCUUUGAUUUGAAGGUUAAUCCUUUCUUUGAGCCACGUUGAAGGAAAGAAAGAAGGUUUAUCCUUUUUUUGAGCCACGUUUAAGAAAUUUCAAGAAAACUUCUCCAAAAGAUACCACCGCUUUUUUUUUUGUUCUUUGUUGGAACAGACUUUUUCCUAACAGUGUUUGAUUUGAGUAUGUAGUUGAUAUGUAAAGUUCUAUACGAGAUGAUGAUUAUUAUAAGAGAUUAAAAUAGAGCUUCAGAUGUAUUACUUUACUUGACAAUCUUGGAUUUUGAGAUAUAUGUUAUAUUUAGUCUGUAUUUGAGAGUCUAGAGGUAGAACUUGUUGAUUUUCUAAGUUUUCGAUUUGUGACGUGAAAAAAAAAGAGUGGUUGUGACGAAGAGGGGUCAAAGGUGAAGGGUGAAAGGUUGUACAUAAUUAGAGACGUUAUUAUGUACCUGCAGUAUUUAUUUCUUAAAAGUUCCUUUUUUUUUCUCUGCAAAAACAUUAAAAAAAACACAACCAAAUCUCAUUUCUGGCAGGUUACAAUAAUUUUUUCCAGUUUGUAUUUAUUGUAUGUAACCAAUGGCAACGCUGUGCAAUGAACUGAAAUUUUGGUUACCAUGGCAACACAUCAACUAUACCGAUUUUGUACAACUUUUGCUGAUAUUGACGAAACUUUUUACCCAGGUUUUACUCGACUCUCUGCUUAUAUUUUAAUAAAACCGAGGAUUAAUUUUCCACCAAG